AUGGGCAAGGCGACCCGGGUGAUGGAUUGCGCGAUAGCUACUGAAGUGCCUCAGUUCUCCCUCACGUGGCAUGGUCGUAUUCUUGAGUCUUCAUCCGAGGAGCCUGCGGUUCCUGGGGAUCCUCCAAUCCGGAUGUUGCGUCCGGACUUGCUGUCAACCGAGGAUCGAGCUCAGACGAUCCUCAGUUAUCCAGCGAAGCUGCUGGUGCUGCCGGAUGCAUCUUACCAGGCUUUCAUCGCAUCCAGGCUGACUCCUUUCUCAGCUUUUGUUUCGCGAGUCAAGCUAGGUGGUUGGGUGCCUCCUAAUGCGGAAGUCACGUAUACCGAUGCCUUUAGAUCGGUACCCCGGGAGACCGUGAAUGACAUGGUGAGGGCUAUACGUGCUUUCCGAGCUGCUUAUCGGAGAGCCCUCGUGGCUUUAUCAUGUCGUGAUCAUCAAAUGGUUCGUGAUUUUAACAUGGACCAUUCAUAUUCCAAUGGUGAAGAAUCUGGGAGUGGGCCUACAGAAAUUGAGCAUUCCACUCCUAACAGAGGAGAAAAUCAUAUGGAAAUUGUCAAGGAAUGGGUGCCUAUGUGUGAGGAUGAAUUGAAACCAAAAAUAGGCAUGGAGUUUGAAAGUUUAGAGGAAGGUGAGAAAUUUUAUAAAAACUAUGCUCAUCAUGUUGAAUUUAGCGUCCGUAAGUCAUCUAAUAAAAAGGGAGAUAAUGGUGAGAACAAAUAUAAGAAGCUUGUUUGCUAUAAAGAGGGUUUCAAAGUACCAUCAACGAACGGGAAGAAAAAAUUGAGGAAGAGAAAGUUGACCAGGGAAGGGUGUAAUGCCUGGGUGGGAUUUAGAAAAAAUAUCGGAGGAAACUAUGAGAUUUAUAAAUUUUAUGAAGGUCACACCCAUGUCCUCGCCACUCCUAGCAAGCGUCACAUGUUGAAGUCAAAUAGAGAAGUUACAAGUGUGCAUAGAUGCUUGUUUAAGUCAUAUACUCGGGCUAAUAUUGGAGCUAGUAAAGCACAUCGUCUAAUGAAGGAGCAAGUAGGUAGUUUUAGGAAUGUAGGAUGUAGUAAGCAAGAUUUGAAAAAUUUUCAAAGAGAUCUGAAAGUUUAUAUUAAUGAUGCGGACUCAGACAUGUUCAUUCAAAAUUUCAACAGGAAGAAAAAAAUUAAUCCAUCAUUCUAUUUUGCAUAUGAGGUUGAUGAUGAUUUGCAUUUAAAAAGAGUGUUCUGGGCCGAUGGCAUUUGCAGGAAAAAUUAUGCUUUGUAUGGAGAUGUAGUGACAUUUGAUACUACAUAUGAUACUAACCGAUACAAGAUGAUUUUUGCUCCUUUCACUGGGUUGGAUAACCAUAGACUUUGUGUGUCAUUUGGUGCUGCAUUUCUUGCGGAUGAAAAAACCGACUCAUUCAUAUGGUUGUUUGAAAAGUUUUUGGAUGUUAUGGGAGGUCAUAAGCCUGUUUCUAUCAUCACUGAUCAGGAUCUUGCUAUGAAGGCAGCAAUAAGACAGGUAUUUGACUCAUCCAUUCAUAGAUUUUGCAUUUGGCAUAUAAUGAGAAAACUUUCUGAAAAGGUGGGAUGUUCAUUAAAUAGUGAUGAUGAUUUUAAUACUCAAUUCAAGUCAUGUGUGUAUAGUUCAGAGACUUCAAUUGAAUUUGAGGAGUAUUGGAAAUUAAUUAUUGAAAAAUAUAAACUCCAAAAUAAUAGUUGGCUAUCACAGUUAUAUGACAUUCGUGAUAUGUGGAUUCCUGCGUACUUUAGAGAUUUGUUUCUAGGAGCUGUUUUGAGGACAACAUCUAGGUCCGAAAGCAAAAAUAGUUUCUUUAGUAAUUUCUCAAAUCCACAUUUGAGUUUAGUGGAGUUUUGGAUGAGAUACGAAAGUUCUAUUGAGUUGCAAAGGUACAACCAGUCCAUAGAAGACAAUGUAUGUCUUCUUCAAAGCCUGAGUUGA